AUUAAUAGAAAGAUGUAAGAAGAGGAUUAAGAGAAUACAGUUAUAGAUGGAUGGGUGAUAGAUACUUCUGCUUUAUUGGGUAAUGGAACAUAUGGAAAAGUCUUGCGUUGUCAUCAUUAGAAUUAGCCAGAUAUUAUUCAUUGCAUAAAGAUAAUUCCAAAAAUGAAUAUUUAUGUAAGAGAUAAAGAUUUGAAAAAAAUUAUAGAAAAUGAGAAAUCUAUUGUUUCAAAGUUGGCUAAUGUUAAAUGCGAAAACUUAGUAUAAGUUAUUUAAGUGAUUGAUAAACCAAGAUGUGUUUAUAUAAUUAUGGAGUUAUGUGAUCAUGAUCUGUAAAAGGAAUUCGAUAGUAUUAAACCAAAUUGGUUUUCGAGAAUUGAAUAAUUGGAUAUGAUUUAACAAAUUAUAAAUGGAGCAUGUAUACUUAAAGAAAAUUAAAUAAUACACAGGGAUAUAAAACCUUAAAAUAUUCUAGUCAAAAUGGUUAGAGAUAGAAAUGGAUCCUAAAAAAAAAUUUAUAAAGUAAAAUAUUCUGAAUUUAUUUUUAGGUUGCCGAUUUUGGCUUUUCUAGAACUUUAGAGAAUAUGUAUUAAAAUGCAAAUCUUACUUUAGUAGGAUCCUGGAAAUACUUGGCUCCAGAAAUUUAUUAUAAAAAAUAAUUCUCGGCAAUGUGUGAUAUUUAUUCCUAUGGAUUACUAUUCCAUUAGAUUGUAUUCGAAGGUAAUCUUCCUUUUGAAGAAGGAGAGGAUUAAGUUAGACAUUAUCAGAGAAUUGAAAAGUUUGAUUUCAAAUGUUAAUAAUUACCUGGAUAAUAUGGUCAAUUAAUAACUAAUCUUAUUGAAAAAAUGAUUGUUUUUUCACAAGAAAAUCGUAUUAAUUUUGAGGAUCUAAGGUAGCAUGAAAUAUCAACCAAUUAGUUUAAAAUUCCAUAGGAAUCUCUAUUUUUACCUUUAAAUAUUAAAUUAAAUAAAGAUGAUAUCUAAAAUUAAUAAUUAAAAAAUCUAGAAACCAAAUUUAACCGAAUUUAUAAAUUAUUGAAUAUUUAUCAUCGUAAAUAUCUUUUAUGUGAACAUGUUAGAAAUCAUUUAUAAACGAAGUUUUCAUCCCUUGAUGCAUAUAUUUUAGUCACUUAAUUAUUCAUUAGAUGGAUUGGUUUUAUUUAAAUAAAAUACGCAUUUUCUCUUAUUAAAAUGAUUCCAACUAAUAUGGAAGAAACUUUAAUUUAAAAUAAUGAUAUACAACUUUUAUUAAAUAUAUUACAAAGAUAUUAAGAACAUUCCUAGGAAACAAAUAAAUAUGGUUAGCUCAAUUAAACUCUUACCUAAAUAUAUUAUUAAUUCAAAAUAUAAUUAAAUUUGGAAUAUUGUGAGUUUCUCAAGACACUUUAUAGUAAUAGUGAUAAUAAUUAAUAAAUUAAUUUAGAACAAUAAUCAAUUAUUUUAAGAAAAUUAGAUGUUUAAAAUUUUGAUUGUUAAUUCCUAUGCGAUGAAUUAGAAAAAAUUAUAAAUAUUUAACCACUAAAAGAAAUUUAUGAUUAAACUGGUAAAUAAUCUUGA